AUGGUUCUGGCCAGUAUUGCAGGCGACACAGAUCCCAGCUGGUCCGAAGUCGAGGCCGAUGGUAUCUACGUGUUCGAUUUGCAGUUAUGGGCCGAGGGUCGGGACGUGGCAGGAUCAAUCUCUCGCCAUCCCUGGUCCAGCAGCUCAGAGAAAGACUUGGUACUCGACAUUGGCGUUUUCAACACGGCUCUACCCUAUGGUGAGCCGUCUCCGUUGGUCCCUGGAUCCGCAGCUGUGCAGAUGCUCCGCCAGCAGCUUGCAGACUCACUGGCACUGCGUGUUCUGGGCAUACCAAACCCAUCCCAAUCGGGGACAGAACCUGCUAUCACGGAUGAUACGAGGGUCUCUGUGCUAUUCUCCGGUGGCUUGGACUGCACGGUCCUUGCGCGCCUUGCGAGUGACUUACUCCCGCCCGAUCAGGGUAUCGACCUCUUGAAUGUUGCAUUCGAGAACCCUCGUGUGGCCGGUACGCGGCGCAAGGACGCCAUCGAAAGUAUAUACGAGAUCUGCCCUGAUCGGGUCACGGGCAGAAAGUCUUUCGCCGAGCUCGUCCAGGUGUGUCCGGCAAGGAGGUGGAAAUUUGUGGCGGUUAAUGUCCCCUACACCGAGACUCUCGCUCACAGGAGCCAAGUCGUAUCUCUGAUGUACCCGCACAGGACGGAGAUGGACAUUUCAAUAUCUUUCGCUCUCUACUUCGCAGCGCGCGGCGUCGGCGAAGCUCAGGCCACGCCUUCCAGCGAGCCAGUGCCUUACGCCACACCCGCCAGGGUGCUGCUGUCGGGCCUCGGCGCGGACGAGUUGUUCGGUGGCUAUUCCCGACAUGCCGUUGCCUUUGAGCGAGGAGGCUACCAGGCUCUGGUUGACGAGCUGAAGCUCGACGUUGGACGCCUCGGCGAGCGCAAUUUGGGCCGCGACGACAGGAUCAUGGCACAUUGGGGUCGCGAGGUCCGAUUUCCAUUCCUAGACGAACGACUUGUCAAGUGGGCUGUCGAGACUCCAGCAUGGGGCAAGUGUGACUUUAAUCACCCACAGACCGAGACUAUGGUUGAGCCUGCCAAGCGGGUGCUCAGGCUUCUGGCCGAGGAGUUGGGCAUGCGGUCCGUGGCACGGGAAAAGAAGCGGGCGGCUAACAUGGGUGGUCCACGGCAGAUUCAAUUCGGAGCGAAAACGGCCAAGAUGGUCAGUGGGCAGUCCAAGGGCACCGACCUCAUCCUGGAGUUUGCUUCUUGA